GUUUCCACAGAGACCGUUAAAAACCGCAGACACCACUUUUAAAACUUCACUCGGCACAUUUGCCUGAGACCAUCACCAGGGACAAGGGUCGGCCCUGGAGUCUUCUGGUACUCCAGAAUCAAAAAGGACUGUGAUUGUGAUGGAGACAAUGCAAGCCCUGAUCCCGUUCACGAGGGAGAUGUUGGCCCAGGGGGUUGGCGGGCGCAUGGUGAAGGUGUACCUGUUGGGCACUGCAGUGGCCGCGCUGGGGGUGGCGCUAGGCGUGGUGGAGACCAUCUGCCAGCCGUUCUCCGCCGAGGAGUCGCUGGAUGAGGAACUGGAGCGGCCACUGCGUAAGGGGCGACGCGUAAGGGGUGCGACAGAGACCCGGAGGCAGAGUAAUGGCGAGGAGCUGGAAGCGGAGGUGCUGAGGGUCCAGGCUAAGAAGGAGCCGCUUGCAGCGGCAGGUGGAAGGCGGAACUCUGCGACCAGGCUACAUGCUUCCUAGAGAUUCCCUGACAGACCAGCCCACAUGCACAUCCCAUAUUUAUUUCAAACCCCCGCC